GUUCAAAUAUCGUCAAAUGUUGGAAUAAAGUUUCUUCGAUUAUGCGAGUUUAUUAGCAUCUAAUUGAUUAAUACAUCGGUUGAUAUGUAGAAAAAUGUUUCAAUCAAAAUGCGCGAAAUGUCUUACGUUAUAUCUUAACAUCUUCAAAUUAAAUACGUGGCGCAAAAAUUCUUUUCAACGCAGACAAAUGCAUUUUCGUGUGAUUCUGCCGUAAAAAGUGUAUAUAUAUAUAUAUUUCGUGCUUUGCGGGCAGGCAUGUUUGUAGGUAUAUGGAACUAAGUGGAGCAUGAAAACGCGAGCAGGUCGAAAAAAAACUAGGUUGGAAGUUAUUAAUAGAGUUUGAGCGGGAAGCUUCCUUCUCGCCUCGAAAACUUAUUCGAAUUACAGGGUUCGUUUGCGUAGCUCUCUCAUUUUGCCUUUGUUCGUCAAGAGUUGGAGAAACAUUUAAACAUGUUUAAUUCUAAAAGGCAAACGGUUACGAUUCGUAGGACUGUCGUUGCUUCUGCAACAAUGUUUCCAUUUUAUUCAUCAUGUUUUUCUACGCGUGACACUCUACAUAACUUUUGUUACAUGCGCACGAUCCAAAUAUUGAUACUGCAAAUAGUUCGAGAAUGCAGCGUGAACGCGAAUUGUAGCAUGUAGCUAGAAAUAAAAGAGAGAAAUGCGCGGAAUGAUCACGUACACGAUCGACGAUGUAUUUUGUUAUUUUUUUUUUUUUGGACCUCUUUUUUAUUCCACUCGCACACGGCUUUCAUCCAUGCCCGAGAACGGAAACUCUGUAUUUUGCACGAGCCGAAAUGUCAUAAAUAUUUCACGCGACGCACGUAUAUCGCGCGCGCUUCGCGGUUUUAUUAUUCCCCUCGCAGAAGUUACGCGGCCAAUCUUUAUUCCCUCGUGGGACUAUCAUUUUAUCCACGUAAAAAUGUGCGAUCUCUCAGGCAAGUUCGCCACUUUUUUGCUAGUUGACGAAUGUGAUUUCGCAAGAGAAAUUGGAUCCAAUCGCAAAAAUAUACACAAACAAAGUAGGUCUGUUUUCUUUUUUGCGAUUCAUAUACACAGAGACUAAAAUAAUUCAGAGAACUAAAUUUCGCGACGUAUUAUUAUGGUAUAAUGAUUUUCUCAAUUUAUUAACCUUUAUAUUAUGAUAUAUAAAAAUAUUUCGUUGUGUAAAAAAUUAAAUAUUUAUUUAAUUAUUAGAUUUAUAAUAUUUAUACAAUUUUUUUUAGAUAUCCAAGACUUUCCAAGAUUGAUAAAGAUAUAAAUAAAUUAAUCCAUUUACAAUUGAUUAAUUUAUUUAUAUCUCACUGCAUAUUUUAUCGCUGUUGACAGGAAACGUGAAAUGGAAAUUGAAAUUUUGAUAAACUUCUUUUUUUCCUCUAUCUCUCUCUUCUUUCAUCGUCCAAGAACCAUUCGUUCGUAAUACCGCGCCAGUUCCCAGCAUCGGCGAGAUAUCGCCCUCCGAUAUCUCGCAGCGGCGACGACCAAUGGCGUGAAUGUAAAACGAGGACAACGCGUACCGAGAACCUCUCGCUUUAGUGGGGUUGUCAGUUCGUGCCCGCUCCUCUUACACACCAGUCGUGAGAGCGACGUUGGUGUGUCGCGCGAAUCUUGAGAUGGCGACAAGUUGCAUUCUCUGCGAACAACGCUCCGAAGACGCGCACGAGAUAUCAUUCCACGCUUUUCCCGAGAACGAGGAUCGUCGGAAAAGUUGGCUGGACGCGAUUGGCAAAACUAAUGCGGAAGUGCCUGCUCAAUCGUCACUGUGUUCGCGUCAUUUCUCACAAAGUUGUUUCACAGGCUCGAGCCUGAUGGACAAUGCUGUUCCGACUUUGCAACUGGAACCAUAUAUCUCAACGGAAGACGAUCGACCGCAGGAAGAAUCGGAAACCGGAUUAUUCGUCCCAAUCACGAGACCGACUGUUUCAAAAGGACGGCGUAUUCACAUGUUGUCGGAUGAGGAGAUGAAGGAAACGCAGCCGAUCAAGUACGUACGCUUUCUCAAGAACGUCAACUGGGACGAGAUCUCCAAGGUACCGGCGGAGGCAAAGAUUGUUUGGGAGGUGGCGAUGGAGGAGUUGAAGGAAGACAAUGAAAAGAUAAAGCAUUUGCAGGCGCAUGCUCGCCAACUCAAUGCGACUGUUUUAAAACUAAAGAACGCGCUGAAAACGCGAAAGAAAAAUAAAACCGCUACCAAAAGAUCUCGUUUACAAAAUUAGGUUUACAAAUACACGCGUUUACACGUUUGUAUAAAUUCUUUUGACUCGAUAAUUUUAUAAAUUUCUCAAAGUUUUUGUAGUUCUGAAAUUCCCGAGAUCUCAGGAACAGGAACAACCUAGGAAUAUUUUUAAUAAUAUAUAUAAGGUUCCCUUUACAAGUUAAAAUAAAAUUUCUCACAGCUUAUAGCUUUCAUUAAUUUUUUUACGAUUUUAAUUUAAUAUAAUUAAAAUUUAAUUUUUUAAGAUUAAAAAGGAAUUUUUUCGAAGUUUGAAAAUGUGUUAUUGCUAAUUAACUUAAAUUUACAAUAUCUCUCUAUGAAAAAGAGAAAGAGAGAGAAAGAUUUAUUCUCUGUUAGACAUUAAAAUGAAAUUGCGUUUUUUCCAUUUCGCUUCUAGCUCUCAGAUUUAUUUUCGGAACGAUCGAUUCAUUUGCAAUCGCGUACGAGAAUGGCGAGGCGAAACAUUCGAACCGGCUCACUCGGAUGAGGAAGUACCGCAAUUACGUCGCGCGAAUAAGAUACACAAUUCUCCCUUUCUCCCUAUUAUGGCGAACAAGGCUAGGCUGGCUGGUUGCCGCUGUUUGCAUUCGACAAUGCGACUGCACAACCAGACGGCGCGCCGCAACGAAAGCAAAUGCGCUCGUCGAUGGCGGGUCCCUUUCAGGGAAGACAAAUGCGAGCUCGCGCUUGCAUUUGCGCUCUCUUCUUCGCGUGACAGUGGUACGCGGUGCGCGUAAUACGUUUACCACUGACAACACAAAACCGGGGAAAAUAUACGGGACGAACGGAGUAAACUAGAAACGGAAGGACGAAAACGAAGAAUGAUGUGCGAGCGAGAUCGCUGUACAAGGGACGAAAACAGCGCUUAUUUUAUCUUUUACGAUGCAUUAUUUGUAGAUUUACGUACUUACUUUAAUAUUAUUAAAGUAAUAAUAAUAAUGCGUAGAAGAUAUAAUUACUAAUUCGUAAUUUACACAGAUUGUAAAGCAUUAAUUUAUAUAAAUUGAAAUUAAAUUAGAUUAGAGAAAUUUAAUCGUACAUUUAAUUUUAUUAAAUUUAUAUUAACAUCAUAAUAAUUAAGAUAGUAAUACAUUAUAAAUUACAAAAGAGAAAAAAUAAGAGGUAGGCUAUAUAAAAAAAUUAUAUAAUUAUAUAAAUAUUAAAUCCUUUGAAAUAUUCAUUCAGUGUUUUAAUAAGAUUAACCAUGUUUUAUUAAGUUGUAACUUCGUGCUUUAGCAAUUAUCUUUUAUAUCAUCAUUUAUACAUAUAAUAUAAUAAAAAAAUUAUUAAUUUUAAAAGAUUAAAUAUAUGAAUGUGACGUGAAACCUUUGCAUUUUAUAUGUUACGUAAACAUUUCUCGAAAGCAUGUUGAAUAAAAAUCGUAUUUCCACUACGUUGGUUCGCCUCUCGUACGGAAUUUAACGGAUGCAGUACGGCAUGAAACUAUCGAGCGCGCAGGAAGAUCGAGGAAGAAAAGAUAACGCUGAUAGACACGUGGAAAACGAGAAUAACAACGGUGUUGGCGCAAGCAGGGGAGGAAGAGGAGGGAGGAGAAUCGAAAUGGAUUCGCGACCUUCUCCCCCAGAGGAAGAGAGGGAGAGAGAGAGAGAGAGAGAAGCUCCGACGUAGUACACUAAAUCACCAACCCCGCCGGUACUAUCCCUGCGGGAUGACGAAGGGCGAAUAAAAGAGCGCGCGUGGGUUCGGUCAUUCGUUAUAUUUUAUUCACGUUUCAUUUCACCCGUGACCGUACGUAAAACACAGCCCGUAACGAGAACGGCAGUGCAUCAUCGCGCGAUGUAUUCUCACGUGCAACCGAAGACCCGCGAUGAUGCAUCGCGACAUCGUCUUUGAGAAAAAAAUACCGGUCCAAGAAUCGAUGACUUCCUGGAGAGAAUAGUAACGGU